UCACAUCUUCCGCAAUGCCCGGCAACCCACCAGACGAGCUCAAGUUUGUAAAUGCAUACCUGCAAAGAGCACAAGAGCUUCAAACGAAGGAACCCAUAGUCGCGUAUUAUUGCAAAUACUAUGCAGCGAAACUCGCCAUAGAUAAAGGGGGCAAGUCAAAGGAGGCUCAGCUGUUCCUCCUUGGGCUCAUGGAUGAACUGGAACAAGAUCGGAAGAAUAUCAGCGGAAACGAGGCUGUUACAAACGAUGUUGUUGGUUACGCUCACAUUGAGAAUUUUGCGUUACGUAUUUUUACGAACGCUGACAAUGAAGAUCGUCAAGGGAGAGCGUCCAAGAAGACUGCAAAGACCUUCUUGGCGUCUUCAAUUUUUCUAGAGCUUCUCAAAGUAUUUGGAGAAAUUGAUACGGAGGUGCAAGACAAAAUCCGGUAUGCCAAAUUCAAAGCUGCAGACAUCAUCAAAGCAUUACGAGAAGGCCGCACACCAACCCCAGGAAUGCCAGGAGAGCAACCCCCAGAAUCCGCACAACCGACCGCUCCGCCGGAACCUCAUCCGAAUUUUGGCACGCCUUAUGAUCCAUCAUAUACUCCAACGCAACCUACUUUUGAUGCAAAUGUUUCGCACUCCGGGGAGGCCAGUUAUGCAUCACCAUCUUCACACUGCCCGUCACAUCAAACCCCUUUUACCGGUUCUGAGACCAGGCCUUACGUUCACCCGUCGGCGCCAUCGGCCGGUUCUGGACACCACUCACCGUCUCCUGCACCGGCUAGCCCGUCAUCUCUCGCGCCGAAGGGAUCGUUCGAAGUCAACUACAAAACAGUACAGGCUGCACAAAAGCACUCCCGUUUUGCCAUCAGCGCGUUGCAAUACGAUGAUAUACCCACUGCGAUUGACAACUUGGAACAGGCGCUGGCUCUGUUACGACCGCUCCGCAAGACUUAGAUGUUAUUUCGUAGUUGCUUUGGGGCCGGACAAACGAAUUUAAUGCAUUAAUUGUUGUCUAAUUGACCCGCCUGUGAUCAUUCCAAUGAAUAGAAAUCGAAUUGGUAAUGACAUUUAGCCCUG